GGUAGUGGGGGAGAGUGUUGGCUCUCCUCAGCCCCGCUCUGGCCGGGCUCCGAGCCAUGCACCCGGGGAACAGCACGGGCACGCCGAGCCGCCCGGAGCCCGCGGCGGAGCAGGAGGUGCCGGGCGAGCGGCCCCUCUUCAGCGCCGGCACCUACGAGCUGCUGGCGCUGGUCGUGGCCACCAUCGGCAUGCUGGGCUUGUGCAACAACUUGCUGGUGCUGGUGCUCUACUGCAAGUUCAAGCGGCUCCGCACGCCCACCAACCUCUUCCUCGUCAACAUCAGCCUCAGCGACCUGCUGGUGUCCGUCUUCGGCGUGAGCCUUACCUUCAUGUCCUGCCUGAGGAGCCGCUGGGUGUGGGACGCCGCCGGCUGCGUCUGGGACGGCUUCAGCAACAGCCUCUUCGGAAUUGUUUCAAUUAUGACUCUCACUGUUCUUGCCUAUGAACGCUACAUUCGAGUAGUCCAUGCAAAAGUGAUUGACUUCUCUUGGUCAUGGCGGGCUAUCACGUACAUCUGGCUCUAUUCAUUAGCCUGGACUGGAGCACCUCUUUUGGGCUGGAACAGAUACACACUGGAAAUCCAUGGAUUAGGUUGCUCAGUGGACUGGAAGUCGAAAGACCCCAAUGAUAGCUCCUUUGUGCUCCUUUUUUUCCUUAGCUGUCUAGUAGCACCUGUUGGGAUCAUGGCCUAUUGCUAUGGCCAUAUUCUAUAUGCAGUAAGAAUGCUUCACUGUGUGGAAGAUUUCCAGACUGUUCAAGUGAUCAGACUUCUAAAAUAUGAAAAGAAGGUGGCUAAAAUGUGUUUCUUAAUGAUCUCCACAUUCCUUAUUUGUUGGAUACCCUAUGCAGUGGUCUCCUUCCUGGUAACAUAUGGCUAUAGUAACCUUGUAACUCCAACAGUAGCUGUCAUUCCAUCUUUCUUUGCUAAGUCAAGCACUGCUUAUAAUCCAGUCAUCUAUAUCUUCAUGAGUAGAAGGUUUCGACGAUGCCUUUUGCAACUCCUGUGCUUUCGCCUGAUGAGAUUCCAGAGGACUGGGAAAGAGACACCAGCAACAGGGAAUGACAAACCAAUACGACCAAUAGUUAUGUCUCAAAAAGCAGGGGACAGGCCAAAGAAGAAAGUGACUUUCAGCUCUUCCUCUAUCAUAUUUGUUAUCACCAGUGAUGAUACUCAGCAAAUAGAUGACAACAGUAAACACCAUGGGACAAAAGUAAAUGUAAUCCAAGUAAAACCACUAUAGGGAUGAGCUAAAGACACGUGGGAAUGAGAUGGACUUCAGCCAGUAGACUGUUCAGGAUGGAGACUGGGUUCAGUGGUGGUGUCUGUGGGCUGCCAAAGGAAACCAUUCUUCAGCUGUGAAAUACUGAAGGGAUUCUGCAUCUGAAGCUCUGCAGGCAGCUCAGUUUUGGUCACAGUACUGAAAUCUCUGCAUCUGUGCCAAAAUUGCUGAUGGAUGUCUUUACUCUGAAUUUUCUUAAAGCAUAUUGUAGGAUUGCCAUUCAGGAGAACUUGAUCGGGCUGGAGGAAUGCGCUAACAGAAAAGUUCAAGUUCAGCAAGGGUAAGCAAAAAGUCCUGCGCUUGGGAAGGAAGAACGAUGCUGUCACACAGCAGGCCAGGCCCUGGCUGCCUGGGAUGCAGCUCUGCGGAACAGGAUGUGGAGUCCUGUUGCUCAGUGAAGCAAGGCAUGAGCCUGCAGUGUGCCCUGGCUGCAAGGAGGGGCACCAGCAUCUGAGGCUGUACUGACAGGAUCGGAGCCAGUAGUGUAAAGUGAUUAUGCGCAUGACUCAGCCCUCAUUAGACCACAUCUAGAUACUGCAUCCAGUUUGGGGAUCCCAAUACAAGAAAGACAUCUGUAAACUGGGGUGAGUUCAGUGGAGUCCCCCAAGACUGUCGGAGUUGGAGUACUUAGCCUGUGAGGAGAGGCUGGGGGAGCUGCACUUGGCCAGCCUGGAGAUGAAGCAUCUUCAGGGGAAACGAAUAGCAGCCUCCCAAUAGAGAUGGGGAGGUUUUCAAGAAGAUGGAGCCAGGCUCUUCAGGGUAAUACACUAUGGAAAGUUCAGAGAUAAGGAGCAUGAACUGCAACAAGAGAGAUUUGGAUGGGAUAAGAAAAGCUUUUUUUACCCUGAGGGAGCCAAGCAGUGGAACAGGUCAGACUAGAGACUUCCUGAGGUUCCUCUAAGCUUGAGUCAUCCUGUGAUCCCUGAACUGCUGGCACUGCCGCCUCACAGACAUACCAUGGAAGAGGGAGGAAUGUUUCAAGUUGGCUGUGGUUUAGUUGGUCUGCAUUGGUGCUUUGCAGGGCAGGGGGUGGGACAAAUGAUGUCGACAAUGACUGGGGCUAUGGUUAAACCAGGAGGCACCAGAAAGCUGUCCCUGUGUAGUCAGCAAGCCAUUCUCUCGGUGCUAGCUGGUAGGACUCGUGAGCUACACAGUGAAGAAAAUAAUGCAAAUCAAAGCACCAAUGAAAAAAGGUCAGUGAAAAGGGAGAAUCAGAUUUUUUGUUGUUGUUGUUACAAACUUGCUUUAUGCAUCUUUAUCUUGCAUACACUUAUUCUGUACAUGGACCAGGAGUGUCAUCCUGCAUUAAUCUUCAGCCUGCUCUGGCACUUUGAAAGUAAUAUCUAGAGAAGAGCAGCAUAACUUUGCCAGAGUUGCAGUGUGAGUAAUGAUUCUCCUACUUGGCGCUCAGUAAACAGAACAGAUAAAUAUUUUUUUUUAAUUCCUCCCACCCCUGCACACCUAUGUAAGUGUUGCUGGUACAAAAUGGUGAUAGGCUUCUGCCCAAGCCCCGGCUGCCUGUCGGCAUUGGGUGGAUAGUUAGAGAACUAAUUUUGAAUUACGGCAGCUGAUUCUCUACCACAUUCAUUGCACUGGUGUAAUUUCUCUGCCUCAGUCUGCUAAAUGGGCAGUGUGGAUCUGCAACAUGCAGCUUUUCCAUCUCUGUGAAAGCUGGAAGAAAAGCAAUUAAGAAACUAUUUGCUUCCUCUGGGGACAAAUCUUCUGAGAGGUAUAAAAGGAACAUGCUGAAUAACUGUUGGCACCAGUAGCCAUUGGUCAUGCAGUCAAGAAUAAAACUUAAAAAUUAAAUAGAAAAAAUCAGCGUCUAAAUGUAGAAGCUUUCACCUAGUUCCUGGAGUAGGGAGUGACCUUAACUGAGAACAAGUAAGUGACUUGGCUUGUGCCUUUGAAGAGGAAAAUUCCUUACAUGUGAAAAACUCUAGAGCUUUAGCACCGGUAAUCUGGCUCUGUGUCAUGUUUAAAAGUGUGUCUGGAAUCCACUCUGGUUUCUAGAUUAAAUCCUAUA